AUGGACGCACGAGCUAUUAACAAUGGUGCUUGGAGUCCGAAUCAUUUUGUUCCUCUUUUAUCACCAGCUAUACAUUACGAAUCUGAUAACAGCAAUCAGCCAACACCAAUUGUUGUGACUCCUGAAAAGAAAACGCUCAAGAACAAUACUGUUACUCAAAUACGAAUUCCUGAAUUUCAGUCUUCUCUUAGCAGACGUUUACGUACUGGAGACAAUAUAGGAAUUGACUCUACUCAGUCAACUAAUCCAGGUACAAUGCAAAAUAGUCAAAAUGACUUAGCAGAACAACAUCAAAGCAGACUUGACAAGCUAAAAGAGCAGGCUCGAAUCAGUCGAAUGAACGAAACAGACGAACAGCGUCAAAACAGACUUGAAAAGCAAAAACAGCGAGCCCAGUCAAGUCGCACCGGUGAGGCGGAAGAACACCGCCAACUUCGCCUUGAAAAGCAAAAAACACGAAAUCAAUCGAAUCAAUCGAAUGAAACAGCAGAACAACGUCAAAAUCGACUUGAGAAGAAAAGAGAACGAACUCGAUCCAAUCGAACGAAUGAAACAGAAGAACAACGUCUGAUUCGACUCGAGCAGCAAAGAAAGCGAAGCCAAGCAAAUAAAAGGAAAAGGAAACUUGAGAAACGUGCUUCUGACAAUAGUGCUAUUCAACAACAAGACAUCGAUAUGCAGUUAAAUGAAACAGAACAUCAUGCGCUUCGUGAUGGAGACAAAAUGGAUGAUCUUACGCGAAACGAAAAUGUCGUAAAUAAAAAGAAAAGUUCAACUUCUUUGCCUUGGCCUGAACCGAUUGCUCAUAAAUUGAAAGAGGCGUGUUUGCAACAAUUUCUUCGACGAAUGUCCAUGUCAGCACUGGCUGAGACUACUUGUGCAGUUUGCAAUGUCCGCACUCCAGUACAGAAGACGAAAAAAAUACCAAUGUCGAAAAUUCCUCAUUUUCAUUUACUUAAAGUUUCUGAUGAACUCAAAGAUGUAAUCAUAAGCACUCAAUCAUCAACUUCGAAAAAUUCUAACGGUGACAAGAUACAGGUGGUUGAACAUGCUCAAAUUCCUUCAACCUUGAAUUCACCAUCUUUUUAUUAUGAAAAUGGUAUCGUUCUAUACACCAAUGGUUUAUCUCAACAAAACAAACUGAACAUGUGUACACUUUGCCAAAAAUGUUACGAAGCCUUGUCGAAGGAACAAAUUCCUAAAUUUUCACCUGCCAAUAAUAUGUGGUUAGGUGAUGUGCCUACUGAAUUGCAAGGACUUACAAUUCCAGAAGAGAAACUCAUAUCACUUUAUCGUCACAAUAGUUGUGUGAUAAAACUUCAAUCACCUUUUCAUUCUACUACAACUGCCCAAGCAGCAUUAAAGGGCAACUGCAUUACUUUUCUUCAAAAUGUACCAAACAUCGUUAGUAGUUUACCACUUGCACUUGACGAUCUGUGUGAUACACUUAAGGUGAUUUUUGUUGGAGCACGUCCUCCUGAACGUAUUCAUCUUAAGAAAAUCCUAACGGUACAAUCAAAUAGUGCAUUAAACAAAUUAUUGCAUCAUAUUAAAACCAUCGGUGGUCGAGUUAUGGGUUCAGCAUAUUCACGUACGGCAUUACGUACACGUAUUCAUGCAUUAAUCUAUAAUCAAGGGUUACCAAGCAUUUUUUUAACUUUAAAUCCAGCUGAUAUUCACAGUCCCGUGGCAUUAUAUUUUGCCGGUAUCAAGCUUGACUUGGACAAUAUUCAAAUGGGACAACUUAUGGAUACUUACAAAAGAGCUGAAAUUAUAGCAUCUCAUCCUGUUGCUACUGCCAAAUUUUUUCAUUUAUUGAUCAGUAAUAUUUUAAAUACUAUGAUUAGUGGUGGUGUUCUUGGCCCAAUAAAAGCUUACUUCGGUACCGUUGAAAGCCAAGGACGAGGUUCUCUUCACUUGCAUCUUCUUAUUUGGCUUGAUCAUGACAUGAAGCCAGCUGAUAUGAAAGAGAAAAUUCAAAAUGCUGAUUUUCGUGAAAAAUUGAAAGCAUAUUUAGAAGACAUCAUCAAAGAAGACUUAGAUGAAUUCAAAGACAAACAUGUCUUUGAGAAUUUACACGUGACAAGAACAUUGAAUACUCCACCACGAUUAUCACAAGAUAAUAUCUAUGCAGCUUUACGUACUAUGGAUUUAACAGGUUUAGGCGAAAAUAUAAAUAAAUCUCCUGUUUGGUCGACACCAAUCAAGCAACAACUUUCUCCGUCAACUCCUUAUGCUGCUUCAUUAUGGAAUAAAUCGUUACAUACACCAACACAUGAUCGACCAACAUCUGAUGUAAUCGGUGAUGAUGUAUAUGAUGAUGAGAUUAUUGACGAUGAAAAUAAUGACGAAGAACAGUUUCAAAUUCAAUCUGUUGAAAAUGACAAAAGCUUCGUACUCGUUAAUACACGAAUCGAUUAUCAAUAUCGCUCCAAUAUUCUCAACAACACAUGUUUAUACGAUUUUGUCAGUAUAUUAUAUAAGAAAAAAAUUAAUGCAACAGAUCUGAAAUAUUUAUCCAAGACGACUGCACCAAUAAGAGAAGACAUUUGCGAAAAAGGUCGACCGCCUAAUGAACGUUAUCCUUUUCAAAAACAGCACCCACAGACAUCAACACAUCUUAUGAUGAAAUACAGCCAGCCUCAUAUACCUAUUCUUUAUGGUCCCCAAAUUCCUCGACGAGAUCGUGAUGAUACUCGAGAACGAUAUAGUCGAGCUCUUCUCACGCUCUUCGUGCCCUGGUGCACGGUUACUGAUCUAUGCGAUGUCAACCAGACAUGGGAAGAUGCAUUCAAAUCUCGACAACAUCUUAUUUCUAUGCAUUCAUGGAAAAUUAUAGAAAAUAUCCAACUUCUACAUGAAUGUAAAAAGGACCGCGAUGAACAUUUACUCCAAGUUAUUACUGAAGCUCAAACUGAUAAUGGCGCAAUCGAUCCCAUACUUUUGCCAGCAAAUCAUGAUGUUCAUGGCGAACACGAUAUGGACGACAGCGAAGACUUACUUGAGCUACUUAGACAUUUAGACGAACACACAUCUACUGCGAUCAAUACUACCAAAAAGUCAACAGAGAAUAAAUAUAUUGAAGAAACUAUCGCAACAGUCGAGAACGUCGGCCGAUUUACUCAUCUCAACACAUAUCAACAAUCUUCUUUAAAUGAAUCUACCGAUAAACAACUUGUACCUUUCGUUUCUGCAACACCUGAUCUUGUUCGACUAAAUACGAAAUGGCAAGAACAGCUAAAGAAUGAGAAAGAACGAGUUAGAAGAAAUUUGAUGAAUGGCAGUCAUGAAAAAGAUUGGGAUGGUACGUUAGACUUGAAUGCUGCAAAAGAUGCUGUUAUAACUGUAAUAAAUCCAAACAAUUAUAAUACGAGCAAAUUUGAAAACUAUGGCUCGGUUCUUCCAGUAAUCUCAGUCACAGCAAACUUUCCUACUCAGAGAAGCAUUGUCGAACAAUUUACACUGAACAGAGAACAACGAGCUGCAUUUAUGAUAAUAACAAGUCAUCUUGAUGGUGACAAUCGUUGUCGUACAGGUGAACAACGUAAUUCUGGAAAGCCACGCACCAUCAAACCAGGUGAUUCAAAACUCGAAAAACAAUGGAGACUCAUAGAAUAUCUCUUCAUUGAUGAGAUGAGUAUGGUUGGUUUAACUCUUCUUGCAAAACUGAACCGAAUCAUUUCUGCUGCAAAACAUGUUGAUCCUCAAAUUCCUUUUGGUGGAGUGAACGUUAUUUUUUUUGGCGAUUACUUACAAUAUCCCCCGGUAUAUGAUGCACCGUUACACACCGAUUUUUCAUUGCCCACCAAAAAGAAAUCGAGUAAACUACCCACUGAAAAACAAAUUCAACAACGUGUCGCACGUUCUUUAAUACUUCAAAUUAAUUGUGUCGUAAAACUUACGCAGCAGAUGCGAACGGAAGACUUAAGAUAUCUUCAAUUACUCGAACGGCUUCGUCAUGGACAAUGUACUCACGAUGAUUAUGAAUUAUUGCUGACACGAGUGGUUGGACAACCAUCAGUAGCGUCUCUACAUGAUUCACCAUGGAAUCAAGCUCCUAUUCUGGUGUUUCGAAAUGAAGUACGAACCCAAUUAAACCACAAGGCAGCAAUUCAUAAUGCAACACAAUCAGGCAACUUACCAAUGGUAUGCGUCGCUCAAGACACUUGUAAAGGCAAACCAAUUGAAGAUCCAACACUUAUAAAAAAACUGUUAGAAUUAUCUGAUAUUUGA